AUGGAUGGCAAUAUGGAUGGCAGUAUGGAGGGUAGUGUGGAUGGUAGCGUGGAUGGUAUCGUGGAUGGUAUCGUGGAUGGUAGCGUGGAUGGUAUCGUGGAUGGUAUCGUGGAUGGUAGCUUGGAUGGCGUGGAUGGCAGUAUGGAUGGUAGCGUGGAUGGUAGCGGGGAUGGCAGUAUGGAUGGUAGCGGGGAUGGUAGCGUGGAUGGUAGCGUGGAUGGUAGCGGGGAUGGCAGUAUGGAUGGUAGCGGGGAUGGUAGCGUGGAUGGCAGUAUGGAUGGCAGUAUGGGUGACAGUGUGGAUGGCAGUAUGGAUGGUAGCGGGGAUGGUAGCGUGGAUGGUAGCGUGGAUGGUAGCGUGGCUGGUAGCGUGGAUGGCAGUAUGGAUGGCAGUAUGGGUGGCAGUGUGGAUGGUAGCGUGGAUGACAGCGUGUGUGGCCGUAUGGAUGGCAGUAUGGAUGGUAGCGUGGAUCACAGCGUGGAUGGCCGUAUGGAUGGCAGGAUGGAUGGUAGCGUGGAUGGUAGCGUGGAUGGCAGGAUGGAGGGUAGCUUGGAUGGCAGGAUGGGGGAUGGCAGGAGCUUCUCACGUGAUAUAGACGCGUUCCACGAGAGAGAGUAUCUGAACCGAAAUUACGCAUCCUAUCAACCGAGCCUCGAUCGUUCUAUAAGAUCUGCGUAUUAUGAGUGUUAUGACCAUCCCGAUGACAAUGCAGACCGAGUCGAGACCCUCUGUGAUGUCCAGGAAGGUUACAUCGGAAUAGCUAUAUAA